AUGUACUUCACAUUUCUGUAUAGCCUUGCAGUACUGACUGCCUGUGCUCGCGCCAUCGCUGUCCCUGUGAGCAACUAUCGACAAACUAGUAUUGGAAAGACGCCGAAGGACGACGAUGAUUAUGACCUCGAACCUUCUGCAAGCUUCGCUUUCGCCGGCAUCACAAGCUUUGCAAAGCUUCCGUCUGUGCAAUGUCUGACGGAGACCGGACCGGUGGACGACAUUUUGAUCUUGGGGUUCCCGUUUGACACGGCAACAUCCUACAGGACUGGUACCCGUCUUGGUCCGAAUGCUGUGCGCCAGGGUUCUCGAGCAGCGUCUCUUGCUGGCCACUACAACUACCGCCAGUCGAUCAAUCCUUACAAGCAGAAUAUCUCGGUGGUUGACUGUGGAGACCUGCCCAUCUCUCCUUUCGACAAUGGUCUGGCUUUCGCCCAGAUGGAAGAAUGGUACAAGCGGCUUCUGUGGCGAGAGGUGAAGUCGACGGAGAAAGGGGUCUUGUCUUCCAAGACCGGUAGACACCACCCCCAAAUCAUAGCGCUGGGCGGCGACCACAGCAUUUCUCUGCCGAUCCUGCGAGCGUUGAACACCGUCUACGGGAAAGUGUCCGCCAUUCACAUCGACGCACACAUUGACACUUGGUCGCCCAAGGUAUUCGCCGGGGCCAAAGCCGGCAGCAGACAAGCUCAGUUCGCCGACGGCACGCCCUAUUACUGGGCGGGCAUGGAAGGGCUGCUGAGACCCGAGAACGUCCACGCCGGGAUCCGCAGCUCGUUGGAUUCGGAGAAGGACAUGGAGCUCGACGAAGAGGUGGGAUUCGUGACUAUCCCCGCCGCAGACAUGUUGAAGAGAGACGGCGUCUGGGGAGUCAUCGACCAGAUCCGAUCCAUCAUCGACCACGACGAGCCUGUCUAUGUGUCCCUGGAUGUCGACUGUCUAGACCCGGCUUUUGUCCCGGGCACCGCUGGUCCAGCCUCCGGGGGGUGGACGCCCAGAGAAGUCAUCCAGAUCAUCAUCGAUGCGCUGGACGGGUUGAACAUUGUCGGGGUUGAUGUCGUGGAGAUCCUGCCAUCCCUGGAUCAGGCCGAAAUCACAGGCAUCGUUGCUGCCGAGUUCACAAUCGAGCUCAUCACUCGAUUGGUCAAGAACCGACUCGGUCUUUGA